AUGUCAGGAUCAACUACAACACCAAGACGCCCACCGAACGUUCCCUUCUUUCUAGUUCCCCCAGAACUAUUUUCAAUAGUCACAGAUGCUGCCCCCUUCCCUAUCUACCGUUGCUCCAGUGUGUCCCCCGAGAACCGGCCUUUUCUUAAAACUUUAAAUCUUAAAACCAUACUAUCUCUUACUGCCGAGAAGCCCUCGAAGCCACUCCGCGCCAUAUCGGAGGAGCAGAACUUGAACUUGGUCCACCUCGGGCUCUGGCAGCCUCGCAACCUGGAGGCUUCCCAGCCAUUAUCAAAGAGUGCGGUUGAAAAAACGUUACAAUUACUCACUACCGACAACCUACCGGCAUUAUUGGUGGACGGAGGUCAUGGGAUUUUUGUGGGCGUACUGAGAAAACUCAUGGGAUGGAACCAUACUAGUAUCAUUCUAGAUCGGUCCUUCGCAGGCAACCAUCCGAGAUAUGGAAAUGAGGAGUUUAUCGAGAUGGUUGACACUUCGCGGAUUAAUAUUCCCGAGGGAAUUGAGUUUCUAACUUGGCACGGUCCUAAGAGCAAUGAAGAGGACAAAGACGGGGAAAGUGAAGGAGAGGGAGAAAAGAAUAAGGGGGAGUCAAAGGAUGUGGGGGUUGCUAGUCGAUCUCUAGCUGAGCUAGUUAAGAAAUAA